AUGGCCAUCGCAUACCAUCCGCAGACGAAUGGUCAGGUCGAGGUGUCCAAUCGGGAGAUCAAACUGAUACUGGAGAAGGUGGUAAGGCCUUCGCGAAAGGAUAGGCUAACAAAGCUCGACGAUGCGUUGUGGGCAUACCGAACUGCAUUUAAGACACCCAUUGGUAUGUCCCCGUAUGCAUUGGUAUUUGGUAAAGCAUGUCAUUUGCCACUGGAGCUGGAAUACAAAGCACUAUGGGUGGUGAAGAAGCUAAACUUUGACUUGAGGAAAGAAGGAGAAGCGAGAAAAUUUCAAAUGGUCGAGCUGGAGGAAUGGAGGAUUAAUGCAUACGAGAACACACAGAUUUACAAGGAGCGCGCAAAGCGCUGCAAGUUAAAGUUGCACUGGUCUGGACCCUUCAUCAUUAAAGAAAUAUUCCAGCAUGGUGCGGUGGAGCUGAUUAUUGAGAACGGGAGCCGUACAUUUAAGGUUAAUGGGCAGCGAGUUAAGGCAUAUUGCGGGGGUGAUUUUCAGCAAGAAAAGACCUCUGUAGACUUGGGAAACCCAGAAUAA